ACCCCUAGCCCCCCAUAAUUUUCGUGUUUCUUGAGAAAAGCCAGGCACCGCCUCUCGACUCGGGAGUCGGUCCCCACUUUCUCCCGUUUUCUGUCGUCCGAUUUCACCAGCGAAACGAAGGGAUCUCCGCUUCUGAAUCGCUUCCGCGAUCUCUUCUCCCUGCAGAGGAGAUCAAUUCCCUGGAUUGCAGGAUGUUCUUCUCGGGGGAUGCAUCCACUCGGAGGAGAGUGGACUUGGGGGGACGGAGCUCGAAGGAGAGGGAUCGGCAGAUGCUAUUGGAGCAGACGCGACUCGAAAGGAAGCGCCGGUUAGGGUUACGGCAGCAGUCCAACGCUGCCAUCAAGAUCCAGAAAUGCUUCAGAGGGAGGAAGGCUGUUGAAAUGGCACGAUUAAAGGUGCGAGAACAAUUCUCCUCUACUUUUGGCGGCCAUUGUCAAAAGGCUGAUUGGCAUUGUUUUGGUCCCGAUUCAGAGUUUCUUCGCCAGAUGCUUUUCUUCUUUACUGCAAACAAUAAUGGUGAUGUCAGCAUCCUUCUGGAGGCAUGCCAACGAUUGCUCCAAUAUGUUGGACAUAAUGGGAGUAUUGUAAGUCUCUUUGCUGGCCCAGAUUACUCUUCAAAACAUUCUCUUGUGGAGCAUAGGGUUAAAAAACUUUCAUAUAUCUGUCUGCAAGCAGUAUACCAGAAUAGGAAUCAUUUGGCAAAUGAAAUUCUGAUGCCAUCCAAGUAUUCUACUAUGCCGACGAUCAUCUUGCUAGAAACGGUGGCUUGUUUAAUAAAUCCUGAACUUCCAUGGGCCUGCAAAGUUGUUGAUUAUCUCCUGCAGAGAAAAGUUUUCUCUUUGUUGCGUGGCAUGGUUCUAGCUGGUGUGAAGUCUUUAAUGCAGCAAAAUUUGAAGACUCCAGAGUCUCGUGGAAGUGCAUCUUCCUUGGAGCAUGUUCUUAUCCUCAUUGCUUCACAUGCUGGUCAGGAUCCAUGUUGUUGUUCGAGUGUUGAUCCACGAUGGAGUUUUUCCUCACAAAUUCUUACCAUUCCUUUCCUAUGGCAUCACCUACCAUACUUCAAGGAGGUUUUUUCAACCAGGGGACUAGGCAGAUAUUAUAUUCAUCAAAUGGCAUCAUGUUUGCCCAGUCAUGUUAGUGUCCUCCCGAAUGAUGCAUCACUUGAAUAUCCUGGUUAUGCCUGCCUGCUUGGAAAUUUACUCGAAGCUGCUGGUGUUGUUUUGUCUGAAAGAAACUGUGCUUUUAAUACGGCUGUAGACUUUGUAGCUGUUUCAACAUCUUUGUUGGAAGCAUUACCAACAGUAAAAUCAUCAGCUGGUGAAAAACCAGCUGACAAUGAUGUAACUGUGGAUGAAGAGUUCAAAGAAACUGUGAAUGCUGAUUUAGAAAGGCAGAUAUGCAGCGCAAUAGAUUCAUGCCUUCUUCAGAAUUUGGUGAAUGCUUUGUUUGGAGAAACAUUACACACUGGUAUUUCUGGUAGGGAUGAGCCCUCCGAUGAGGAAGUGGAAGCUAUAGGUGCUGUUUGUGCAUUCCUACAUGUUACAUUUAGUACUCUGCCUCUUGCCUUUGUGAUGACUGGACUAGCGUACAGAACUGAGCUUGUUCCUGUACUUUGGAAUUUUAUAAAAAGAUGCCAUGAGAAUCAAAGAUGGCCAGUAUUUUCUAAGCAAAUAGCGCAUUUACCUGGAGAUACUCCAGGUUGGCUGUUGCCUCUGGCUGUUUUCUGUCCUGUAUACAAGCAUAUGCUGAUGAUUGUCGAUAAUGAGGAGUUCUAUGAGCAGGAGAAACCACUCUCAUUGAAAGAUACCAGAUGUUUAAUUAUAAUCCUAAAGCAGGCCUUAUGGCAGCUUCUCUGGACAAUACCUACGCAUGCCUCUUCUCAAAAAAUUUCCACCAGUCUGUCCUCCAGCCAUAAGAAGCUUUCUGUGGAAAGUAUCCAAAAUAGAUCCAGGGAUGUGAUAUCCAAACUUCUGAGCCAGUUGCAAGAUUGGAAUAACAGAAGGCCAUUUGCACCUGGUAUUGAUUUCCAUUCUCAAGAAGCAAUGAGUGAAACUUUUGUUUCUCAAGCCAUACUUGGAAAUGCUCGAGCAUCUGAAAUAUUGAAACAAGCUCCAUUCUUGGUGCCAUUUACAAGCAGGGUCAGAAUAUUUACGUCAAUGCUAGCAGCAUCAAAAGAAAGAUAUGGACCUCAUCAUGCGUUACCAAGAAAUCAAUUCAAAAUAAGAAGAAAUCGAAUUCUUGAAGAUGCUUUCAAUCAGUUGAACAUGUUGUCUGAGGAAGAUCUUCGAGGACCGAUCCGAGUAACUUUUGUUAAUGAGUUUGGAGUAGAGGAGGCUGGAAUUGAUGGGGGUGGGAUUUUUAAAGAUUUUAUGGAGAACAUUACGCAAACAGCUUUCGAUGUGCAGUAUGGGCUGUUUAAGGAAACGGCCGAUCAUCUUCUAUAUCCAAACCCUGGAUCAGGACUAAUUCAUGAACAACAUCUUCAAUUUUUCCAUUUUCUUGGAAGUCUUCUUGGAAAGGCAAUGUAUGAAGGGAUUCUUGUUGACAUACCAUUUGCAACAUUUUUCUUGAGCAAAUUCAAACGAAAGCAUAACUACUUGCAUGACUUGCCUUCGCUUGAUCCAGAAUUGUAUCGGCAUCUUCUCUUUUUAAAGCAUUAUGAAGGUGAUAUUUCAGAACUUGAACUAUAUUUUGUUAUUGUAACCAAUGAAUAUGGAGAACAAAGAGAGGAGGAGCUACUUCCUGGUGGGAAAGAGAAACGUGUCACUAAUGAUAAUGUUAUUCAGUUUAUUCAUCUUAUUUCUAAUCAUCGACUAAAUUAUCAGAUUCGCCAUCAAAGUUCACAUUUUUUGCGGGGGUUUGAACAACUUAUUCAGAAAGAGUGGAUUGAAAUGUUCAAUGAACAUGAAAUUCAGCUUCUUAUAUCAGGCUCGCUAGAAAGCAUGGAUAUUGAUGAUCUACGCUCCAAUGCCCAUUAUAGUGGUGGCUAUCAUCCACAUCACCAUGUAAUUGAGAUGUUCUGGGAAGUACUCAAAAGCUUUUCUUUGGAGUAUCAGAAGAAAUUUCUUAAGUUUGUAACCGGAUGUUCUCGUGGACCACUUCUUGGAUUUAAGUAUCUUGAACCACAAUUCUGCAUACAGAGGGCUGCUCCUCUGAAUGUUUCUGAAGAGGAUCUUGAUCGUUUACCGACAUCAGCCACUUGCAUGAACCUGCUGAAGCUCCCACCAUAUAAAAAUAAAGAACAAAUGCAGACCAAAUUGAUGUAUGCGAUAAGUGCAGAUGCUGGUUUUGAUUUGAGUUGAUGAUCGCUGCUUGGAUCAAGGCUGUAUGUCUUUAGAUGAUUGUGCUGAUGACCCGGCCCAGUAGGGCCUUUUUCUUUUCCAUUGGAAUCUUCAUGGUCAGAUUAAGUGGCCAACAUACGGAACUUGUGGCAGGGCUGCAUCUUCAAGAGCUCAGAACAUGCAGAGACAAGCAAGUAAUGUGACGAACCUGUAAAUAUUUGAAAUAUUGAGACAAUUUACCAUGCAGGUGUACAGAUUUUUGGGUCCUGUGAAAUUGUAAUAUUUAAGAAUAGAUAUCGAAAUUUUAGAUGUUUCCUUGGCUCCAUUUGUAAAACUGAAACAAUACUUUAAUAUGUACUGAGUUUGCUCAUGGUACGAGACUGAGACUUGUAUAAUGUUAUCCUGAUCCUGCUCAAGUUUCCAAGUUCAAGGAAACAAAAAAAAUAACAAAAUAAUAAUAAUAAACAGACUUUUGGCUCUUUA